AUGGUCCUAAUCAAGUGCCUCAUCGUGAGCUGUGCUCUGUUCGCCUUGGUCGAGUGUGCUCUGGUUCCUGUGAACACGGAGAUUGAUCCCCAUCCUCAGUAUGCCUAUGCCUACAAUGUCCAGGAUGCAAUCACCGGCGACAGCAAGAGUCAACAGGAGGUGCGGGAUGGCGACAUUGUCAAGGGCUCCUACUCCGUGGUGGAUGCCGACGGUUCAUUGCGCACCGUUUUCUACACCGCCGAUCCCAUCAAUGGCUUCAAUGCGGUGGUUCAACGUGGCCCAGUUCCCGUUCCCGUUCCCGUUCCCGCUCCUGUGCUGGCUGCCCGUCCGGCUCCAUUUGUGGGCUAGACAACAGCUGCUGCACAGUUGAUCCUAGCCUGUAGAUAAGUUAUUGUCUGUUCUGUAGAUCUAACCAAAACUCAUAAAUCACUUAAUAAAUCCAGUUAGCCAAAGAGUACAAAA